UGCGGGUGACACGGGCAGGGCGUGUUGUCGGCGGCCGCCCCGGUGCCCGCCCGGUCGGCCAUGGCGCUGAGCGCGGCCCUGGCGCUCCGCGUGGCCUACGCGGCGUUCGGGGCGCUGAGCGGGCUCUCGGUGUUCUGCGCCUGGAGCGUCGUGCCCGCCCUGCGCCAGCCCGGAACGGCGGCGGCGGGGGGGCUGUCGGGUGUCCUGGCGCUCUGGGCCCUUCUGACCCAUGUGAUGUAUGUGCAGGAUUACUGGAGGACCUGGUUAAAGGGCCUCAGGUUCUUCCUGGGCGUCGGGAUCUUCUUCUGCGCCCUCUCCCUGCUGGGAUUCUGUGCCUUCCUCGCCCUGGCCAUCACCCAGCACCAGUCCCUGACUGACCCCAGGAGUUAUUACCUGUCGAGUGUGUGGAGCUUCAUGGCCCUCAAAUGGGCCUUCCUGCUCAGCCUCUACUCGCGCCGCUACCGCGCCGAGUUCGCCGACAUCAGCAUCCUGAGCGACUUCUGACCCCCCCCGGGCCCUUCUGACCCCCCCAGGACCCCCCAAAUCCCGGGAAGGGGCAGCAGGGAGCCCUGGGGAGGAGCUCCCACAGAGAGGGGCUGGUCCUGUUGGCUUUUCCCCCCCCGGGGGUGUUGGAGGAGGGAGGGAGGGGAAGGACUUGGG